CAGAAAGCCCCUCCCCCAGCAGCAUGCUUCUUCCCCUGUGAACUCUUCCCGCCAAUCUCGGCCUUCUUUGACGUCUCCCGUCACGCCAAUUGAUACCACUGCCACUACUCCUAUUACGGCAAUUACAGCUGCGGCUACUUCUUCUCCUGCGGCCAAGACAUCUACAGAGCCUCCACUGGCGGCCACCAAAGCCCUAUCCUCUCCUCCCGUCAUCAGAAGCAACCUUGCUGCUUCGCACUCUUACACACUCUCUUCUGGAUCAUCAGUGUAUGAAGAAGACACCCUUUUUGUACCUAAGGACCUAGACAGGUAUGACAGUGUUGGAUUCACGCUCGCCCUCCCGUGCUGCCUCCGGGGCUCGCCCCUCGCAUCCCCCCUUAAAUAGUCGCCUGUCUUCGCUUUCUUCCGUUUCUUCCGUUCCUCUCUAUCCGAGAUCCAAACUCAAUGUCAGAUGCCCCCCUUCGGACGCUAUAGGACUAACCUCGUGCUUCAAUUGCUCUUCCCCAGAUCUUCUCGAGGCGGCACCUCCGCUCCCCCUCUUCGGAUAGAUACCUCCGCCGCCUAUUGGCACGGCGAGGACGACGAGGAGUCCAUCUACACCGCUCAAUUCUCGAAUGGAACCCCGUUGCACAAUCGUCUUGUCAGCGAACCAUUCAUCCCUGUGCUCAACUCUCCGCCGGGCCACAAGCGUGCCCAAACUAUGGCAUUGCGUCUAUCAUCCAGCCGCCCGCCACCGUUGCACAUCGAGUCCAGCGGUCGAACCGCAUCGGCCAGCUCCUUGGACUCGAAACAGCCCAAGACCCCUGGGAACAAAAUCAGCUCCUUCUUCGGCUGGAAAGCCGUCACCACAUCGCCCAGCGCGGAGUCCUCGAGCACCGAGAUCUCGGAUUCGGGCCGGUCCCCUCUCCCGUCUCCGAUGCCUCCUUCAAUGCCCACCGCGUCCUUCUCCAUCACCCCCUCGACCACAGUACCAUUCGAUCCCACCCGGGUACCGGCCCGCAACCCCUCCCUAAGCGGCGCCAGUAUCCUCGAGGCCGCGUCAGCCUCGAAGCUCGCGGAUCUCGAAAAUGAACUCCGCGAGAUCAGUUCCGAGCUGGCCGGUUCCAUUCGGCGGGAGAUGGAACUGGAAGAUCUCGUCGAGAGGCUGCAAUCCGAGAUGCCGCAGGACGCCAACCGGCGCACCAGCGACUAUUUUUCCGACUCCGGGACUAGCUCUAUACGAUAUAUCUACGACGCCAACGGAAAAAUUGACGACUUGGACAAGUAUCGGCGAGCAGCCGAGCAGGAACGCGCACAGCUCAAGGUUGAGCUGUCGCAGAAGUGGCAGGAAGAAAGAGCCCGUCGGGCCGCAACCGAAUCACACGUUCAGAUACUAGAAUCCCAAGUGAACCAAUUACGACGAGAGAGAGUGGAGUCCUCCGAUCUGUCCUCUAAGGCUCGGGAACUCGAGAUUGCUCUGGAAGAUACCCGCAGAAAACUGGCAGAGGAACGCCAGAUCAAGGACAACUUUGAAGACCUCUUGACGGCGAUGAGAGUGGAGCUGGAGCAGCUGCGGAACGAGCGCGACCAUCUUCGGGAUAAUUCCUCGGAUAUUCAGCGAUUACUCGGCGAGAUUGAGGCUCUGAAAAUCGAGAAUGCCUCGCUGGCUCAACUACAGGGCAGUCGAUUUGCGUCGAUCGCCGAAGAAGGCGGUAUGGCCCCACGGAGACCCGCGGGACUGGGUCUAUCGCGGUCAAAUUCGCUGGCGCGGCACUCGAAGUCGAGCGGUGCAGGUGGGUUGUCGCGGUCAAACUCGUUGUCUCGGUCGAAUUCCGUGUCGACCAAGGAUCGCCCGGAUCGCGAAGCGUUGGCGGACCGUAUGGAAGAUGUGGAAGCGCAGCGGGAUGCGCUGCACCAAGCCUUGCGGUAUCUGCUUAUGAGACAAGAACACCAGGCUCGAGAGUACGAAAAGCGCUUAAAGAUCAUGGAGUUGGAGCUGGCUCGUGCCCAAGAACUGGGCUCCCCACGUAGAAUGGGGUACGAACGCGAGGUGCGGAAUCUCCGGGAGGAGGUGAACCAUCUCCGCCAGCGGGCAGAGGACGCGUUGGAACAGAAGUGGCAAUGCGAAAAGGGACUGGCCGGUUUGAAGAUGGAUUUGGACCGUGCCGAGCAGGAGACCACUUCGUUGCGUGUUCUGCUGCAGGAGCAUGAUAUCGCGGUCCCGGAUGGGCUUGAAUCCGAACGUGACGGCUUCGCCGAGGUCAUCGCGACCUCUUCGUCUCUGGAGAUGGCAUACAAGCAGUUGCAGGCGGAACGGGAAGUCAUCGAAGCCAGUGCGGCUCACUCUCCGCUGGUGGAGAGUGACGCGUUCGCGGCGUCCAUCAGUCGUACAGAAGCACUGGCCAACCAUGUGCAGCAACAGCUACAGCGGAACAACUCUCUGCGCAACCGCCUGGCCGAGGCGAUCGGCAAGGGCGAAAAGGAUCAGCAGCUGUCGGCGGCCCGGAUCAACGAGCUGCAGGCCAGACUCAAAGAGCUGGAAGAGACACUACUGAUGGCGCAGCAGCAUUCCGAGGAGGAAAUGGCGCGGCACGAGGAGGAGAUUCGCAACCUCGAGGUCAGCCACAACGCGCAGCUGAUGCGCGUGAAGAACGGCUCUCGCAGCCCGGCGGCACUGUCGCCCAAGCCGCCCAGCUCACCGUUUGGUGUGCGCUCGCCCCGUCUGGACAAGACGACCAGCGGCGAGGGGAUCCCGCUGAACGAGGCGAUCCAGGCGCAGACACUCGAGAAGCGGGUGAAGCAGCUGGAGAAGCUCCUGAGGGAUGCAGAUACGGAGAUGGAGGAGGUGGUCAGUCGGAUGAACCGGGCCCAAAUCGAGGUGGCCGAACUGCAAUCUGACCGCGACGAAGCACUCCGCCAGACUCGGAAACUCCAGGCAGAGAUCCAAGCCGAGCGAGACGCGUUCAAGGCCUUGAUGGCCCAAUAAUUUAAUCUUUAAUGUAUACACCAUGGUGUUCUUCUGCUAUAUUUCGCGACGAUGUCAGCGUGGUAAGGACACGAGGAUGAUGGAUCUUCAUGUAUAUAACUAGAGG